CCGGGUUUCAUCAACGCAAAGUGCGAGCCGUCUGUUGUUGUUUGUUAAAGUUUAACUCAAAAAAUAACAAAGUUGCUUCAUUAAAUUAAAGAUCCCCUUCAACAAACUUUGAACCAUGGACUGCCAUUCCGAUAGCAUAUCCGAUGGGGAACUAAAAAAACUCCUCACAUCCUGGCAUUUGGAACAUCACUACAAUCAUUUUAUGGAACAAAGGAUAACCCUGACCGUUCUCAAGAUACUCAAACCUCAGCAUAUUGAAAAGCUAUUCGCAAAUCGGCCGGUAGGUGAUCAGGCAAUUUUUGAACAUCGUUUGGCGAUAUGGCGACAGUUGCAGCUUUUGGAUGAGUCGCCGACGGCUAACAAAAUACCUGAAGCUCCUGCCAUAGAAAGUCAAAGAAGACAAUCCAAAUCGUGUGGCAGCUCUCAAGCAGUGGAAGCAAAUAAUGAGCCAGAGAAUGAGAAUCACGAUGUGGAUGAACGAAUAAAUCGGCCACCAAUUCUCCUCAGGAUCGCCUCCACAGGUGCAAAACGUUCAGUUGUAGGUGGUUUAACUUCCCAUAUUCCAAGCACUCCAAACUCCGCAGUAAUUGCAAGCUCUUCCACACCCUCGUCAAGUUCAGGCGGUACCGUCACCACACAACACUAUAAUUUAAGUAAAAUCUUAAAGGCCUCCUUUGAUGGCCAGGCGAUUUUACGUUACUACGAAGAGCACAAAGUCUUGAGAGAGGAACAUCGUACCGCCUUGAUCAAUGUCAUAGCACGGUAUAUAGAAGCCCAUGGUUGUACCCUGUCGUUGGGACAAAGUAGUAAUCUGGAAACCCAAAUUGUGGAAAUGUUUCCAACAGAACGAGAGGAAUUCUAUAGGACCGGCAGACGCGGUAGAAUUUACAACAAGGUUUCCAAUCUGAAGAGAGUCUAUAAGAGGAUGCGUCAGCAUACUGCCGAUGCCUCAUUGGAUGUAUCAGGUCCGUCAUCGCCGGAGAGUACGAAUGUGAUAAAGGAAGAAGAAUACGUUGAUGAGUUCGCCGAUUUCCAUAUUCUGGAUAUGCGCAAGCAUGUUCAAAGCAAUGAGGAGCGCAUGAAUUUCUGGCAACGAACCCAAUCGACUCGUUUCAGGGAUAUUGAAAUCAUUGAAUCCCUGCAGGAUAUUUUGGAUAAAUGGCCUGAAUACAAACGAACGGAUGCCAUGGAAUAUAUCAACGCCGACUUCAGGGCCAAAUUUCCCAAGGCCACAAAAUUUUCCGAAAUUUUUCUCAAAAAUUUCAAAAAAUUGGAAAAUAUUUCAUAUCUCAAAGUCAAUACGACAUCGCCGAGCUUUAAGUAUAUGCAGCAGUAUAAGCACUGCAAUACAGAAUCCAAGCACUUGAUUAUUUUGUGGGUUCUGCAUCAGCUUGUGCCGCCAUUCCAUCAAGUGGUCAUCGAUGAGAAUGGUGUACGCCGUAAAAAACGCUAUACCACCUUGGAAUCACAGAAUGCCAGCAUCUGUAUACGUAGCUCCCUGGCCGAACUUGAAGAGGCCAUGAAAUUACGGCAAACUGCCACCCCACCCAUGAUGUUGGUGGUCGGCGAAUUGGGUGGAGAUAUUCGAGAAUCUUAUGUCUAUUUUGAGGAAAUGUAUUUACCCUGCCAAACGGUUCUGCAAGCUGCCGAAUUGUGUAUGGAAUUGUAUUUCCUCUUCAACUUGGCCUUUCCCGAAGAGUCGGUUUUGUACUACAACUUUGCCCAGUCGCUGUUUUUGAAUAUACCAACGGAAAUGAAACAUUCAAGGAUCUAUACCACUAUAAAUGAGAUUGAGGCUUGUGAGGUGUAAGGAGGAAAUAU